AAAGGUGUCGUACGUGUACUUUUACGUCGUGUCUACGCUCGUAACAACACUAAUGAUCGAUAUAUUACGUUAUACUUAGUGAACAUUACGAAAGGACUAGCAGCUUGUCCUAUUCUUUUUCCCACGUGAAUUAGAAUGACAAGUAAAAAGGCACACGCCCUUCGAAUUGAAUCAGAGAUCGAUAAGAACCGUGAAGAGGGAAAUUGGAAAAAGGUUAUAGAACUAGCGGAACACCUGAAAGUACAAUAUCCUAGCAACGAAUGUUUAGCAAAUUUCUUAUGCGGCGAAGGAAGAUUAGAAAGCUUUUUAGAACAAACUCCACCUAUAGAUGCCAACAUUGGAAAAGCCAGAAAUGGGCUGGGGGAAACAAGAAGAUAUUUGCUUCUUGCGGCAAAUGAAAAAGAUAAACAGGCUUUAGUUGUGUUAGAUGCGCAUUUAUUACUUGGAAAAGUACACUACGCAAUGGGAAUGUACGAGGAGGCCUUAAACCAUUAUCAACAGGCUGAACUACACACACUCACGGAAAAGCAUUUGCCUUGUCGAAGUCUCCGUAUUAUUGCAGAAUCGUAUGCGAUUAAAGACACAGAGAAACAUUUAUCCAGCCGAAGACUGCGCAUUAUUGCUGAGUCGUACGCGAUUAAAGGUUUGUGUCUGGAAAGGUUACCACCAAAUUCCAAGUCAAAGUACAAAAUAGCAGAAUGGCAUGAACAGAUCAUCAAGUGUUACGAAAUUGCUGGGGAUCUGACACUGGUAUAUUUGCAAGAACAAGACAAACUUGCAAUGCAACAUCAGAAUGGCACGUCUACCAUAAAUAGUAACAAUACAGGUACAUACUCUUCUCAGUCUUCGUAUUGUACUACAAAACAUAUUGGGCCAAUUUUGGAAACUGCACUCCAAAAGGCACCCAUAUUAUAUGUUCAGACUGGAAAUAUUCAAGCUGCUAUAAAUCGCUACAGGGAAAUUUUAUCUGCUGUCGAGUCUACUGCGACCCAAAGCUUUCGAUUGACUUUAACAAGGCAGUUAGCAGAGAUGCUGGUUCGAGGCAUAUGUGGUGCUGAUUAUAAAGCACCUGAAGCUCCAAGUGAGACAGCAGAGUCGCCAUGGAAACCAAAGAGAUAUUUAGGCCCUAAUAUGUUUGUGCCAAGAAAUGAAUAUGAGGAAACAAUUUUAUUGUUACUGAUAAGCGAAGCCAUGGCAGUCAGAGAUGCUGUACUUAGUCAGUCUCCAGAAUUUAAAGAAGCAAGAAUACAUGCUUUCGAGAAUGCCACGGCAGUAUAUGAUCUUCUCACAGUAAUUGUUAUGAGGUGGAGUCAAGUGGACUUACUAUAUGAGUCUUUUGAAAGAGCAAUGAAAUUUUCUCACGAAGAAGCACAUGUAUGGACUCAAUGUGCAUUGUGUCUGAUCAGUAUGGGAAGAUACAUGCAUGCAUAUAGGGUCUUAAAAAUGGUAUCAAAGCUAUCACCGCAGAAAGUAAUGCCGUGUCUUUUAGCUGCAAGAUUGUGCUAUGAGCAAUUGAAUAUGAUAAAGGAAGGUAUCGAAUGGAGUCAAAAAGCACUUCAAAGGGAAACAGCCAAUUCACAAGGGAUGCAAUCUAGGUGUCAUCUAUACAUUGGGAUUGGCCAUAGUAUUCUCUCCGCAAAUACUAUAGUCAAAUUGGAUAAAACGUAUCAUACUAAAACAGCUUUAGAAUGUUUUCAAAAAGCGCAACAAUGUGAUCCGAACGACCACUUAGCUGAGUAUUAUUUAGCUCAUGAAUAUGCUAUUAACAGACAAAUUAAUGAUGCAAUGAUUCAUGUAAAAAUUGCAUUAAAUCUUCGGGCAGAACACAUUCCGUCAUUGCAUUUAUUAAUAUUAUUAUUAUCGGCUCAUAAGCAAUAUUCAGAAGCAUUGCAUUUAAUCAACAGUGUAUUAGAGGAAUAUCCGGAUAAUUUAAAUUUUCUUUAUGUGAAAGCGCAUCUUGAAUUACGAAGUAUUGGCGGUGAGCAAGCGUUGUUUACCAUAAGGCAUAUGCUUAUGCUUUGGAAAAAUUUAUAUGAGGAUCAAACUAAUAUUAACUGCAACGAACAACACAGCGAAAAGCGAAGUGAAACUAGAAGUGUCUUUCAACUGUAUGCCUCUGAAAUGUCUGAUAAAGAUUCCAGUUCUCUGCAUGCACAGUCACUAGCUGCUUCAAGAGUGGAGCAAGCUCUUUCUGAGGUUGCAUCUUCACUUAGCUCUUUUACUCCAAAACCAGGACCGCAAAGAGCAUGGCUGUUACAAUUACAGGUUUGGCUGUUGCUGACCGAGGUCUACCUGGUCUUAGAUCAACCUAAUGGUGCUGUCCUUUCUCUACAAGAAGCUACUAAUAUUUUUCCAUUGAGCCACCAUAUUAUGUACACGAGGGGUCUCUUGCACGAAUAUAAACUGGAAUAUAUGGAGGCAAAACAGUGUUAUCAAAAUGCAGUAUCAAUCAAUCCAUCGCAUAUAAAGAGUUUACAACAUUUGGGUUUAAUAUAUCACUAUUUGGGGAGUCAAAGGUUGGCUGAAAAAACUUUAAGGGAUGCAGCGAAAAUCGAUCCGAAUUCUCAUCAAACAUGGUACAAUUUAGGGAAGGUGUUGGAAUCUUUGGGUGAAGUAGAAGCAGCAAGUGAUUGCAUGGCCACGGCAUUGGAAGUAGAAACUACCAAUCCGAUAUUACCGAUUCUUUCGAUACCAGUUACUUUCGAAUGAUUCAAAAUGUUGAUCGUUUAAAAGAAGAUUUUAAAAAGGAUUACACUUUAUUCUGCAACAUUGGCAUUUCUUCGCCCUUGUGGCAAUAGUACCUGCUUACCUCUAUUGUUGCACUGUUACAAUACUGUAUAAACAAAUGGAUUCAUUAAAGAAUAUUAUAACUGUACAAAUAAUUUAACAACAU